ACAGAAAAAGCUAAGCCAAGACUCCAUUAAAUCAUGGCCAAAAUACUACUUAUCAUGUUCUUUCUUGUUUUUCCUCUGGUAACUGCAGAGAAGUAUUUAUUUGAAGAGAUUGAUUUUCUUCGAGAUCUUGACGAAUGGGAGCCCGAAGAGGGAGACGACGAACUUGAUCUGAUCGACCUCCCAUCGUGGACGGCUGGUCGUGGACACAAGGUUCUUGUCAAUGUGGAUAGCUUUGGUGCAGUUGGUGAUGGAGUUUCAGAUGAUACUAAGGCCUUUGAAGAUGCAUGGAAACAGGCUUGCUCUACGCGAAGAUCGGUCUUCUUGGUUCCAGCAGGUCGCCGUUACCUAGUCAAUGCAACAAGAUUUAGAGGCCCUUGUGCUGGCAAUUUAGUAGUCCAGAUUGAUGGAACAAUAAUAGCACCAGAUGAGCCUAAAAAUUGGGAUCCAAAUAACCCAAGGAUUUGGCUUGCUUUUCUAAAUUUGACUGGAGUUUCUUUCCAAGGAAAGGGAGUAAUUGAUGGGUCAGGAAGCAAAUGGUGGGCUGCAUCUUGCAAGAAGAAUAAAUCCAAUCCUUGCAAAGGAGCACCAACUGCAUUUACUAUAGAUUCAAGUUCUGCUAUAAAAGUGAAGGGCAUUACCAUUCAAAAUAGCCAACAGAUGCACUUCACAAUUUCGCGGUCCGACUCCGUACGUGUGUAUGGUGUUCGAGUUUCUGCUCCCGAAGAUAGUCCCAAUACUGAUGGAAUUCAUAUCGCAGAAUCAACAAAUGUUGUCCUGCAAGGCUGCAAAAUUGGAACAGGUGAUGAUUGUGUCUCAAUUGUCAAUGCUAGCUCCGGCAUCAAGAUGAAGAAACUCUACUGUGGACCUGGUCAUGGAAUCAGCAUUGGGAGCCUUGGGAAGGACAAUUCUGUAGGCAUAGUCACAAAGGUGGUAUUGGAUACUGCAUUUCUCCAAGGUACUACCAACGGCCUUCGGAUUAAGACAUGGCAGGGAGGAUCUGGUUAUGUCCGCGGAGUACGGUUCCAAAAUGUGAGGAUGGAAGAUGUCUAUAACCCUAUUAUCAUUGACCAAUUCUAUUGUGAUUCACCAAAAUCUUGUGAAAACCAGACAUCUGCAGUGGAAAUAAGUGAAGUUAUCUACAAAAACAUCACCGGAACUUCAAAGAGCCAAAAGGCGAUGAAGUUUGCGUGCAGCGAUUCUGUGCCGUGUACUCAGAUUGUGUUGGACAACAUCAACCUUGAUGCUCAAGAUGGCACUGCUGAGGUAUACUGCAACUCUGCCACGGGUAUCGGGUAUGGACUCAUUCAUCCAUCUGCAGAAUGCCUUAGCUCUUCUGACAAGGAAAUUAAGCAGCAGGAAGUGGAUGCUGUAACAGAUUAUUGCAAAGAUCCCAUUGUUCAUACUGAGUUAUAGAUUCACUCAUUACUAUACUUAUAUGCCAAACUUAUUGAUUAUAUAUAGCUGUUGUUAUAGUUGCAUUAUUAUAUUCUUACAGAGAUUUGAGUAGUCUCAGACUCUGGGAUUCCUAAAUUAAAUUGGAAUUACAGAUUCAUUCUGCAACAUUUUAGCAGAGGCUAUUGUAAUGGAACUUCAUUGAGACCUUAUUAAUGUAUAUGUAUGUACUGCUUAUUUUUACCAUCAUAAUGAAGUUUUAUAUUUACUGAUUUGA